AUGAACAGUCGUGAGACGUCGGGGGCCGCAGCAGAGCCGGCGCCCACGCCGUCCUCGGAGCCGCCGCGGCAACGACCGGCCGAUGCGGUCGCUGUGCCCGCAUCGAUGCAGCACUUUUAUACCCGCUUUAUGACACUUCUCACCCAACAGGGCUGCUGUGGCCCAACAACCAUAGCAGCGGCGGUAUCAACCUCUUCGGCCCCUCUGCAGCACCGCAGCACCUCCACUACCGACGGUCAAGACGGCACCGAGGAUGACGCACUGCGCCGCCUCACUUGUGUCCAGGAAGACGCGCUCGGGCCGUUGCUCUGGCAGUGGUUGGUCCUCUUCUCUCUAGCGGUGCAGCCGACGGGAGCAGCACCGCAGGAGCGCGGUGCUGCUCCGUCCGCGAUGGCGGUUGCGACCAAAGUGUGCUCGGCGGCGCCAUCGUACACGCUUGGGCCACACGAUGUGGAGCGACUCUUUCGCUCUGGGUUCUCCUCUCUCCUGCCGGUGGCUGGCAGUGGCGGUGGUGCGGGUGAUUUACGCGGCAGCCGGCUGCCCCCCGCGGAUCCACCCGCACCCUGGCACAGCGUGCCGCUUGCAGAACACAAUGGUCCUGAGAGGGCUCUCGUGGCUGCACUCAGCGCCCUCAGCUGCAAUGGUCCGCUCUUCAGUACGUGGUGUGCGCUGUGUUACACGUGUGUGGGCGCCUCGCUGUUGGUGGGCACCUCUCAGCGCUAUGGGGAAGGGGGAAACGCGACCGAGGACCUCUCCGCAGCAGAGGAGGCCAUCCGCAGCGCUCUGCGACGCCUUCGCCACGCCUGGGACUCAGCCGUCGAGCUCGCGGACGUGGCGACGAGUGGCUUGGGGCGACCCGGCACGUUGGCGGCGCGAAGAAGCGUCGAUGCGUGUGCCACGCUGCGGUUAUGGGCGUCGGUUUACACGACGUGUACGACGUCUGGCUUGGCCGCCGAGGCAGCGCCGGUCACGGAUGAGAAGGGCGGUGAAGGCCGUGAGCUACAAGCCCCACCGCUCUCCCUCUCUCUCUGGGCGGCGCAGUGGUACCGCGAGUGCACUCGCGUCGCCGCGCACGGCGCGGACGAGGGUUUUCACUCGGAAGAGGCAGGACUGCCCGUGGAGCUCGUGACUCGCGUCAUGCGCUACAUGUGUCACCGCCUCGAAGCUGAGGUAGUGAGGCGUUCCCGUAGGCAUGAACGAAUGGGGUCUGCAGCGUCUCUGACGGCUACGGUGGAGCUGGAGGAGGUGCGCGCUGAGCCGGCAGCGCCCCUGUCCACUGCACCUCCCUCUGAGUCCAACGUCCCUUCUCCUUUUCGGCCGACGCUCCGAGUUGGGACCUUGACUGCUCUUGCCCUGCAGUCUCCCAUGCACCUCGUCGGCGACGAUGCGGGUCGCCGAGGUGGACGCAAAGGCGGGGCGCCGCUGAGGUGCCGACGUCGUGCACGGCAGAUGAGCGCCGACGACGACGAUGACAGCGAUACCGACAGCAGUCUGGAAAACCCGGACUGUGGCGGUGGGGCGGAGGGAAGCUGGAGCGGGCGCACCGACGCGCAGAGCGGCGCUUCGCGCUUCAUCCUCAGUCAGCAGGACCGGUUUGAAGUGGCCAUCGCCUCUGGGGUGUUUACUACCUACUUCGUGUGCCCUGCCGACGACAAUGUGGCGCAGCCCGCUGACCGCCACUACAUGCACCGGCUAACCGGCGAGCAGUAUCUCCGCAACGGCACGGUGCACUGGUGGACGCUGAGGGAUUCGCAGCGGCACCGGCAGCUGAUGGCAGACGCCCGGAACGCGUCUUCGGGAUUCGCUGCUCAAUGA